UCCCUGAGCCGUGCGGUGACGCUGCGGUGCCCCGGUGUCCCAGGCGCGGUGCGCGGGGUGGCCGCGCUGCCGUUGGCGCAGACGCUGCACGCGAUGGGCGCCGGACGGACGCGAGCCGGGGAAAAAAUCGACCCCGCUGUGGGAGCCGAGCUGCUGGUGGAGGCGGGGCAGCGACUGCGGGAAGGUGACCCCUGGCUGCGGCUGCACCACAACGGCCGCGUUGGGACCGCGCAGCGCCAGGCACUGCAGAGCGCGCUGCUGCUGGAACCGGACCCGGUUCGCGGUACCGACACCGAUACCGGCACCGGCACCGGCACCGCCGCGCUGCCCCGCAUCGCCGACAUCAUCCUGCCCCGCACGGAGCUCCGCGGGGAACAAUAACGGCGGCGCGGCGGUUCCGUGCGGGGGAGAAUCCGUGAGCGGAUCGACACCGAACCGACCCGCAGUGACACCGAACCGCCCCGGUCCCGCAGCGACACCGAACCGACCCGCAGUGACACCGAACCGCCUCAGUCCCUACGCAACACCGAACCGGUCCGGUCCCGCAGCGACACCGAACCGGUCCGGUCCCGCAGUGACACCGAACCGCCUCAG